AUGCCACCACUUGACCCUUUCGCAACCCAAUCCAUUAUUCUGGAUUCGAAAUCAAAUGUGGAAGAUUUUUUAGAACAUGAUCAACAUAAAUUAAAUGCAAUUCCAACAAAGGAAACUGUUCCUUCGAUUCUUGAAAUCAAAAAAAAUAUCCCAAAGAAAUUCUUUGCCCCUUCGCUCUUACAAUCAUUCAAAUAUGUAGCAUGGGAUCUUUGUGUGAUAACGUUAAUUUUCGCAGCUUAUCACUGGUUAGAUAGUUUAGCAUUUAUUCCAUCACCACUUAAAAACUUGGUUCUUUUUGUUUAUGCCUUUUUUCAGGGUACAAUGUUUUGGGCUAUUUUUGUUUUGGGUCACGAUUGUGGGCAUGGAAGUUUUAGCAGAUAUCCAUGGGUUAAUGAUACAGUUGGUACAUUCCUUCAUAGCUUAAUCCUCGUUCCAUAUACCACAUGGAAAUUGAGUCAUCGACAUCACCACAAGAACACGGGAAAUAUUGAUAAAGAUGAGGUUUUUUAUCCGUUGCGUGAAUCGGAAGCACUUAAAAUGACAGGGAAUGAGAGUAAAGGGACAAACUUGGCCCCUUAUUUCGCUUUUGGGAUCGGUUGGUUGAUUUAUUUGAUUGAAGGCUAUGGAACAAGGGCGACAUCUCAUGUGAAUCCUUUUCAUCCACUUUUCAAAAAUAAUCGUGCUGGAGCUUUCACCUCGAUUAUUUGUGUAAUCAUUGGAUUGUGUUUUUUAUAUUAUGCGUCCACAAUAUACGGUGCUUGGAAUAUUCUACGAUAUUAUUUCCUCCCAUGGAUUAUUUUCUCAAGUUGGCUAGUAAUCACCACCUUUCUUCAUCAUCAUGGCGUGGAAGAAAAUCUCAAUUUACCCUGGUUCUCGGAUGACAAAUGGUCAUAUGUUCUCGGAAAUCUUUCCUCGGUUGACCGUGAUUAUGGUUUUUUGCAUGACGUCACUCAUUCGAUCGGGACCCAUCAAAUACAUCAUUUAUUCCCCGCGAUCCCUCAUUAUUAUUUGAAGGAGGCAACCGUGGCAUUUCGUGCACAUUACCCGAAAUACGUGCAAGAAUCUAAUGAGCCGAUAUUGCGGACUUUUUUAAAUACGUUUAAUGUUUUUAAAUCUCAGUACAUUAUUUCAGAUAAUACUAAAGUUUUUCUGUAUAAUGAUUCUAAAAAAUUAUCACGCUCAACAAAACUAGAAUAA